AUGCUGGCAAAGCGGGACAACUCUAUUUUCUAUACUGACGUGUUGCCUAAUAACAUUGGUGAAAAUUCUAUAAUUGAAAAAUUUCACAUGAAGUUUAUUAAGGAAAUUUUAGGAGUACAUUGUAAAACUACUAAUGCUCCCUGCAGAGCAGAUUUAGGUAGACAUCCCCUGUGGACAAGAAUACAUUUUUCCAGUAUAAAAUUUUGGAACCAUCUUAUUACUUCCAAGAAUACUUUAGUAUUUAAAAUCUAUAAAGCAACAGUCAAAACAAACUCAUGGACUAAAAAUAUUUUUUCAAUUUUCAAUAAGUUAGGAUUUUCAUUCAUUACCAAAAAAGAAAAUUCAAUAAAAUCACUUCUGAGAAACAUAAAACUAAGAAUAUCAGAUCAAUGCUUACAAGAGGAAUAUGCAAAGAUUCAUAAUUCAUCAAAACUAAAAUUUUAUCAAGUUGUUUUUAAUAAUUUCAAACGCUGUGGAUACACUGAUAUAUUAAAAAAGAAAACAGAGAGGUCAAUUAUUAGCAGGUUGAGACUUAGUGCACAUAACCUUGCCAUAGAAAAAGGGAGACAUUUGUCUAUACCCACAGAUAAAAGAUUUUGUAAUAUUUGCAACACAGGGGAGAUUGAAGAUGAAUUUCAUUUUCUAUUCAGCUGCCAUAAAUACAAUAAUUAUAGGUUAACUUUUGAAAGGAACUUGAUGAAUUUUUUUCAAGGAAAAAUAUCAAAUAUGUCUUAUACUCAAAAAGUUAAGCUUUGCUUUAAUAGCCAUUGUCCAGAAAUACUGAAAAUAACACACUCAUUUAUUAAAAAAUGUCUUGCAUCUAGAAAUGAUUGCAUUACAUAAUUAUUAUACAAAUGAUGUGUGAUUUAUAAUUAUGUAUAGCCUCACAUUCUAUACUAAAAUAUUGUGUAUUUAUGUAUGAACAAUCGAUUUUUCUUAUAAUGUGUUGUGCCUUUGCCAAUUAUUGUAAUUGUGUUUGUGCCAAUAAAUAUUUGUAU